UUAAAAGAGGAAAAGAAAGGAGUGCAACAGAUUGGGGACAACCGACGUCGUAUGUCAGUGACGAAGCCAUUCCCACUGCUCUCUCUCUCCAACAGUGAUGACGACCGAGAAUGAGCCGGCGAAGCUGCUUCUCCCUUACCUUCAGCGUGCCGAUGAGUUGCAGAAGCACGAACCGCUCGUCGCCUACUACUGUAGAUUGUACGCGAUGGAACGAGGGUUGAUUAUUCCUCAGAAGGAGCGUACCAAGACUACUAACGCCCUCCUGGUUUCUCUCAUGAACCAGCUUGAAAAGGAUAAGAAGUCGUUGAAGCUGGGCCCUGAUGAUAAUCUACACGUGGAAGGUUUCGCCCUGAAUGUCUUUACAAAGGCAGACAAGCAAGAUAGAGCAGGGCGAGCAGAUUUGAAUACUGCAAAAACUUUUUACGCCGCGAGCAUUUUCUUUGAAAUCCUAAAUCAGUUUGGUGAACUUCAGCCUGAUCUUGAGCAAAAACAGAAGUAUGCAGCAUGGAAAGCAGCAGAUAUAAGGAAAGCUUUGAAAGAAGGGAGGAAGCCUCUUCCAGGUCCUCCUGGUGGUGAUAUUGAUAUGUCAGUGUCAUCAAGUACAUCCAAGGGUGAAUAUGAUCUUGAACCAAGCAACAGCAAUUUCGUGACCGGCGCUGAACCAGGCAGAGGAGAUCCAUCAGCAACAAUUCCACCAGAUUCAGAUUCAUCACCUCAGCCAUAUGAUAAAGUUAAUUUGCAGCAUUCUACGAAUAUCUUGCCACAACCUUCAAAUAGUAUGCCUUCACCUCCUUCAAAUAUUUCAACUCCGCAUCAUUAUUCAACCGAUGAUUACCCAUCUGACACUUUCCAUCAACCACCUCCAUCCAACAACUCUGAACAUACCAUUUAUCCUCAGUCUUAUCACCAGCAACCAUACCAAACAGAACCUCAGCAGCACUUUCCCCAACACUACACUUCUCAAAAUGUACCCUCAUACUCGUACCCGAAUUUCCAGUCUUACCCCAGUUUUACUGAGAGUAGCCUUCCUACUGCUCCAUCUCAUUACCCUUCUUAUUAUCAAGGCCCUGAUGCUUCCUAUUCCAACCUGCCACCUGCUGACCCGGCCACCUACCCGUCAAGUGCUCAAUACAAUUCUAUUUCCAGGAAUGGGAGUUUUUCAGAGGCUUCACCAACUACUACUACACCAAACUACGAGUAUGACAGCAGCUAUCAGCCUCCACCAGAGCAAAUUUCGGAAGCACACAAGGCUGCUAGGUUUGCAGUUGGCGCUCUUGCAUUUGAUGAUGUUUCUGUUGCAGUCGACUUCCUUAAGAAAUCACUGGAAUUGUUAACAAAGCCUUCAGCUGGCAACUGAAUAAAUCCAAUGCAAAUUUUUCACUAGAUGAUGCUUUACAUGAGUCAAGGAAUCAAAUAUAACUGGAAUUGUAAUCGAUGCGGUACUAUGGAACUUGAGUGUCUGUUCCUCAAUUCCAAGAUGACUCCGGUUAUUUGGUAGUCUCAUGUGCUUGCAGUCUAUGAACCUCUCAAUGUAUUACAUGCUGCUAGAUGUUCGGAUGUAGUAUUUCUAUUAAAAUGGCA